AGAUAUAAAAUUAAAUUACUUGUUAUUUACGUUUUACUACUUUACAAUUAUUUUGAUCGUGCUUACCACCAUUGUUAUCGGUUAUCGAUUGUCCUGGCAACAGCUGAUUUCUUUUGGCGUCUUUUUGGUUUUGGUUUGAGAUAAUCAUUGGUUUGGCGCCUUUACUUUUAAGAAUCCAGGAUAAUCAGUGAGUGUUACUGAGUGCCCAAGAUGUCCGACGACGAUUGCGAUAUAUUCAGUGCUGCUCGCAAGCGUGUUCCCGUAAAAGCUUUGCCCAAGGAAUCCUACAACCUUAGCAAUGAUUCUUUCUCCAAGGAGGUGGAUUACGAUUUCAUUGAAGACAUCCCCAAGAAAUCAAAUAAGACCAGCAAACGAAGGCCCGCUGCAGCGACGCGGGAAAAGCCACAGGAAACUCAUGAUGGUGCUUCGCCUCCAAAACAGAAAAAGCAGGAGGCUGUGGAGCCAGAAAAGGACGAGAGAUCCGAACGCUCCCUGUCACCGGUAUCCCAGUUGAUAUUAGAGAUGGAAAAGAAGAAAGCCAACGAUAUCGCGGAUGUGGAGAAGCAUGCCAAAAACAACGAUGUUGGUCCUGUGGCCAGACGUACACGGUCAUCGCUGAAUAAGGCGGAAAUGGCGCCACCAACUGUGCCCGCCACUGUAAAGGUGCCCACACAGGUGAAACCGAAAAAGCGCGGUAGAAAAAAGGGAGCAUCUUCGACAGCCAUCAACGUGGAAACUGUGUCCGCUUCGGUGGUGUCCUCAUUGGCAAACAUCGUGGCUAGCUUAAACAAGAACAACGAGAACAUCAGCAGACGGCGGACGGUGGCCGAAGUUGCAGCCCGUUCCAAGGUGGUGGACAGCAUUGAUCUGGUAUCAGCGGUAGCGCCGCGAGUAGAGGGCUUUGUUAAUCUCGACUCAGAAGACGAGGCUGUACCUCCUGCGGCCGUUGAGGAAGAAAAUAUUUUCGACAAUGCCAAUCCCACCAUAGAAGUAGCUUUGUCUUGGCUUGGCGAGAUCCAGAUGUAUAAACUGCGGCAGCAUCAAAUGUUUAAGCAUCUGUUCAAGGAAGUGGCAUCACGCAAUGGGGUAGAUGAGAAUGAUAUUUCGGUGGAUAUGUACUACAACUUCGUGGGACCCGAGGAUACGCCGCACAGCAUUGGUCUCAAAUCAUUUCACACGCUCACUGGCCAUCCCACCAAGUCCCAUAAUAACAAACAUGUAGCUGUCAAGAAUGACAACAAUCCGGAAGCUCUUACUAGGAAACCCAAAAAGUUUCAAGUCAAAGUCCAGGCGGAUAAAUGGAAGAAUCCUUUGGUGAUGCCCAUGAAGAAAAAGGAUACUUUUAAAAUGUUAUAUAUCAAGUGUGCUGAAGAGCUGAACUGUGAUGCCCGACUCAUUAGGUUAUUUUUUGACGGUGAUUUGCUGGAUCCGGAGGAUACGCCAAUAAACCAGGAUAUGGAGGGCAACGAAGUUAUAGAUCUUAAAAUAAAGGUUUAGAUUUUUAGCAAUUUUUCUAUGAACCCGCACAAUAUUUUUAAAAUCAAUUAUUAUAAUUUUAUUAACCAAAAGCUUAUUGCUGUGCAAGAUUUCUAGUUAAAGUAUUUUAUUGUUAAAUGUGUCUAUGUAUGAUUGAAUGCUUCAAAUUUACUUUAUCCGCAAUAGAUUGUAUUUAGUGUAACAUA